AUGGUGAGGCGCAUAAUGGAUGCUUAUCAGAAUAAGGAUGCAUUAGAUGAGAAGGAAUUUAUCGGUAACAUCCGACUAAAGCUACCUGGAGAGUUAUUAUCUCUUCUUUUUGAGGAGCUCUUUAAAUCUUGGAUAAAUGAAGUGAAGAAAAUGUCUGAGAAAAAGCGAGCUAUGUGGGCCAAGCAAAAGCAAGACAAGUAUGGCCAUGAUAUUAUAUUUAGGAUGACGGACUUUCUUAAUCAUGGAGACAUAAUCACUCAUGGUCUGGAGUUGACUCUCAAAACCGGAAAUUUUAAUGUUAAGAGGUUCAAGAUGGAAAGGACAGGAGUAACACAGGUGCUACAGAGGUCUUCAUAUGUGAGUGCUUUGGCCCACAUGACUGAAGUUUUUAAACAGUCUGAGAAGUCCAGAAAUGUAAGUGGUGCUAAAGCUAUGCAUUAUAGCCAGUUUGGCAUGCUUUGUCCAUGUGAUAUUCGAGUUGAAGCAUGUGGAGUAGUAAGGAGUCUGGCUUUGAUGACUCAUGUCACUACUGAUGUAGAGAAAGACUGCUCAAUUGAUAUUAUCCGUUCUAGUGUUCAAAGGAUUACGACUCUCAAAGGAAUUCAUCUUCACGAACCAGAUUCCUUUCUUGUCAUUUAUAACGGUGUGAUCCUUGGCAGACAUGAAAACCCACAGGUCUAUGCUAAUUAUAUAAGGGAUGCACGGAGAAGUGGUAGGGUCAGCAAGUUUCUUAGUGUCCAUGUCAAUGAAAAACAGUGUUGUGUCUACUUAGCUUCUGACGGUGGCAGAGUUUGUCGCCCUUUGGUCAUUGUUGAAAAGGGGAUAUCAAAAAUUAAAGAUAUCCAUAUGGCUGAACUAAAAGAAGGCAAGCGUACAUUUGACAGUUUUGUAAAUGACGCCUUGGUUGAAUAUGUUGAUGUCAAUGAGGCAAAUAAUGCAUUGAUUGCAUUGACUGAACAAGAUGUGUCAUUAGAAACAACACACAUUGAGCUUGAACCAUUCUCCAUCUUAGGAGUUAGUGCGGGGAUAAUUCCAUAUCCUCAUCAUAAUCACUCACGUGGAAAUUUUAAACAGUGUGCGGUAGGGAAAAAAGCAAUAGGGAAUAUCACAUAUAACCAGUUACUUCGGAUGGAUCGCUUGCUUAACUCACUGGUUUAUCCGCAAAGACCUUUGCUGACUACAAAAUCAAUUGAGCUAGUUGGAUAUGAUAAGAUUGGAGGAGGCCAGAAUGCCAUCAUAGCUGUAAUGAGUUUUAGUGGGUAUGAUACAAAUGACGCAAUUGUCAUGAACAAGUCAUCGAUUGAUCGUGGUUUUGGGCGUUCCACAAUUAUGAAAACGGAUACCAUCAUCAAGCAAAACUAUAAUAAUUGCACAUCAGACCGAUUUCGCCCUCCCACUAGAGACAAUGCGGGGCGAAUGCAGCAUUGA